AUGCGCGAGUGGAGCAGUUGUAACAGCAGGCAGCAGUGGAGCACAGGGAGCCAAGAUGGCGUCGCUGUGAGAGGGAGUGACUGACAGACAGAGAGAGAACCUUGCAGGGAGCACUGGGAGCCAAGAUGGCGUCUGACAAACAGAGUGAGACCCUUGCAGGCAGCAGUGGAGCACAGGGAGCCAAGAUGGUGUCGCUGUAAGAGGGAGUGACUGACAAACAGAGAGAGAACCUUGCAGGGAGCACUGGGAGCCAAGAUGGCGUUGCUGUGAGAUGGAGUGACUGACAGACAGAGAGAGAACCUUGCAGGGAGCACUGGGAGCCAAGAUGGUGUCGCUGUAAGAGGGAGUGACUGACAAACAGAGAGAGAACCUUGCAGGGAGCACUGGGAGCCAGAUGGCGUCUGACAAACAGAGUGAGACCCUUGCAGGCAGCAGUGGAGCACAGGGAGCCAAGAUGGUGUCGCUGUAAGAGGGAGUGACUGACAGACAGAGAGAGAACCUUGCAGGGAGCACUGGGAGCCAAGAUGGUGUCGCUGUAAGAGGGAGUGACUGACAGACAGAGAGAGAACCUUGCAAGGAGCACUGGGAGCCAAGAUGGCAUCGCUGUGAGGCGGAGUGACUGACAGACAGAGAGAGAACCUUGCAGGGAGCACUGGGAGCCAAGAUGGCGUCGCUGUGAGAGGGAGUGACUGACAGACAGAGAGAGAACCUUGCAGGGAGCACUGGGAGCCAAGAUGGCGUCACUGUGAGACGGAGUGACUGACAGACAGAGAGAGAACCUUGUAGGGAGCACUGGGAGCCAAGAUGGCGUCACUGUGAGAGGGAGUGACUAACAGAGAGAGAGAGAGAACCUUGCAGGCAGCAGUGGAGCACUGGGAGCCAAGAUUGCGUCGCUGUGAGAGGGAGUGACUAACAGAGAGAGAGAGAACCUUGCAGGGAGCACUGGGAGCCAAGAUGGUGUCGCUGUAAGAGGGAGUGACUGACAGACAGAGAGAGAACCUUGCAAGGAGCACUGGGAGCCAAGAUGGCGUCGCUGUGAGACGGAGUGACUGACAGACAGAGAGAGAACCUUGCAGGGAGCACUGGGAGCCAAGAUGGCGUCGCUGUGAGAGGGAGUGACUGACAGACAGAGAGAGAACCUUGCAGGGAGCACUGGGAGCCAAGAUGGCGUCACUGUGAGACGGAGUGACUGACAGACAGAGAGAGAACCUUGUAGGGAGCACUGGGAGCCAAGAUGGCGUCACUGUGAGAGGGAGUGACUAACAGAGAGAGAGAGAGAACCUUGCAGGCAGCAGUGGAGCACUGGGAGCCAAGAUUGCGUAGCUGUGAGAGGGAGUGACUAACAGAGAGAGAGAGAACCUUGCAGGCAGCAGUGGAGCACUGGGAGCCAAGAUGGCGUCACUGUGAGAGGGAGUGACUGACAGAGAGAGGCCCUUGCAGGCAGCAGUGGAGCACCCGUUGUGGUUUGGCGGCAAAGUCACACGUCGAGGCGAAACCCGGGUGAUGCUAGAAGACAAGAGGAAACUGACCCUGUUAUGCAAGCGGACUGAGGCAAAAAUAACGACCUGCUCACACACCCUGCUCUGCCUGCACUGAUUUAUGGCGCAUCUGGCAAUGGAGAGGAAAAUGCGCAGCUAUAAUCUUUCUGUUGGUUUUACAGUUCGUUUUCUCACACUUUAAUCUGAGCCCCAUCGUGCCUGACAUCCAACGCCACACCUUCCAACGUCUCGAAAAGGACAGGCUUUUCCCUCUAUCACAUUGAUACGAACGGUGAGGUUUCUGCCUCUUUUUCACGUUCUUAUUUCUGGAAAGGGUCGAAUCAUGACGAACAGCGUGCAGCUCGCGCCGACCCUGUGCUGAAGCGAUGUUUCAGGACCAUGGAUACCUGUUUCUCUUUUUCUGGUUUACAAAAUAAAAGCACAAAUGGAUGAAGAAAUCGACACCCGCAAAAUCAACAACAGCUUCCUCCGAGACCACAACUAUGCAACUGAAGCUGACAUCAUAUCCACGGUUGAGUUCAACCCGACUGGAGAGCUGCUGGCGACCGGGGACAAGGGAGGGAGAGUAGUGGUGUUUCAGAGAGAACAGGAGAGUAAGAACCAGCCCCACAGGAGAGGGGAGUAUAAUGUUUACAGCACCUUCCAGAGCCACGAGCCUGAGUUUGACUACCUGAAGAGCCUGGAGAUCGAGGAGAAGAUCAACAAGAUACGAUGGCUGCCUCAACAGAACGCUGCCUACUUCCUCCUCUCCACCAAUGAUAAAACAGUGAAGCUGUGGAAGGUCAGUGAGCGGGACAAGAGACCGGAGGGCUACAACCUGAAGGACGAGGAAGGGAGGAUCCGUGACCCCACCACCAUCACUGCCCUGCGGGUACCAGUGCUGCAGCCCAUGGACCUGAUGGUGGAAGCCACUCCCAGGCGAGUAUUCUCCAAUGCCCACACGUACCACAUCAACUCCAUCUCUGUGAACAGUGACUACGAGACCUACAUGUCCACAGAUGACCUGAGAAUUAACCUGUGGAACCUGGAGAUCACCAACCGAAGUUUCAACAUCGUGGACAUCAAGCCGGCUAACAUGGAGAUGCUGACGGAGGUGAUCACAGCAGCAGAGUUCCAACCCAGCCAGUGUAACACCUUCGUUUACAGCAGCAGCAAGGGUUCCAUCCGGCUGUGUGACAUGAGGGCCUCAGCAUUGUGUGACAACCACUCUAAAUUGUUCGAGGAGCCAGAGGACCCCAGUAACCGCUCCUUCUUCUCCGAGAUCAUAUCGUCCAUCUCAGACGUGAAGUUCAGCCACAGCGGCCGCUACCUGAUGACACGGGACUACCUCACGGUCAAGGUGUGGGACCUCAACAUGGAGAGCAAACCUCUGGAGACCUACCAGGUCCACGACUACCUGAGGAGUAAGCUGUGCUCCCUGUAUGAGAACGACUGCAUCUUCGACAAGUUUGAGUGUGUCUGGAACGGGUCUGACAGUGUGAUCAUGACCGGCUCGUACAACAACUUCUUCCGUAUGUUUGACCGCAACACCAAGCGUGACGUGACCCUGGAGGCAUCGAGGGAGAACAGCAAGCCCCGGGCCAUCCUGAAGCCCAGGAAGGUGUGUGUAGGGGGCAAGAGACGCAAGGACGAGAUCAGCGUGGACAGCCUGGACUUCAGCAAGAAGAUCCUGCACAGUGCCUGGCACCCCUCUGAGAACAUCAUCGCUGUGGCCGCCACCAACAACCUCUACAUAUUCCAAGACAAGGUCAACUAAUGGAUGGAUGGAUGGAGAGCAACACAGACCAGCAUAGCGCCCCCUGACUGGCUGAUCACACUCACCUGGGAGAGGGCCGCAAGGCUGGGAAUCUCUGGCCGCACUGCAACUUAUGAAGAGACACUGACAGCUUUGCAGUUCUCUUCUUUCGCUCCAUCUCAGAGACUUGCACCCAUGGUGUAAAUCUAGGGUUGCCCUCUGUUGCAUCCAGAACACUGAAGAACGAUGGCUGUCAACAUGUUUGUUUGUCCAUUUAAAAAAAAUGUUCACCCUCUUAAGUUGUUGCUGUAGUUUAAGGUUAUGCACAUAAAUGCAGGGACGAUACAUUUUUGUUCCUUAGAAGCUUUGCAUUGGGGAGAUGAACUGAAGAGACUGGCUCUACAAACUCAUAACCUUUGCAUCCCUGAUGACAUGCCUAGACACUAGGGAGAUGGUGUGCUCUUGAUGUCCUCUGACCUCUCCUGCCCCUUCCGUUUCAUUUAUUUAUUUAUCUUCAUGAAGGUUUUAAAACAUGCAGAGGAAGCGAUGUUACCGGGUAGUAUUGAUUAAAACAAUGUAGCAAGCUUUUUGUUCCAAUUUUUUAAAGAACUUUACAAAAUGUCAAAUAAAAAUAAAAUAAUAGGUACA